CGCUGCGCAUGCUCAGUGCCGCCGUUCCGUCAGGCUCGCGGCUCCGCAGCGGCGCGCUUCUCGCCGCUGCUCAUGGCGGCCCCCGAGACCCUCGGGGGCCCCGUCCUGAAAGAUGUUGUGGCGUAUGUAGAAGUGUGGUCAGCCAGUGGAACAGAAAAUUAUUCAAAGAUAUUUACAAAUCAACUUGCGGACAUGGGGGCAAAGGUUUCAAAAACUUUCAACAAACAAGUAACUCACGUCGUGUUCAAAGACGGGUACCAGAGCACCUGGGUCAAAGCGCAGAAGAGAGGCGUGAAGCUCGUCUCAGUGCUCUGGGUUGAAAAAUGCAGGACAGCUGGAGUGCACAUUGAAGAGUCGCUGUUCCCUGCAGCUAACCCCAAUGAACACCUGCCAAGCCUAAUGAAAAAGAAACGCAAGUGUAUGCAGCCCAAAGAUUUUACUCCUAAAACACCAGAAAAUGAUAAAAGGCUGCAAAAGAAGUUUGAGAAAAUGGCUAAAGAGCUGCAACAGCAGAAGAACACUCUGGAUAAUGAUGUUCCUGUUCUCUUGUUUGAAUCUAAUGGCUCCUUGGUGUACAGUCCCGCAGUUAAAAUCUGCAGUGGCCACCACAGUGCAGUGGAGAAGAGACUGCAGGAGAUGAAGGAGAAACGGGAGAAUCUUUCCCCCACCUCUUCCCAGGUGGUUGAAAAGUCUGACGAUAACACCAUUAACUCUCUGUGUGAAGCAUCUUUGAACCUUUCACGUGCUACUUUGUGUUCAGAGGACUCCUUUGCUGGUGUUCUACACUUGUCUUUUGAUGAUCUUUGUGGGAGCUCUGGAUGUGGGACUCAGCAGAGGAAAUUGGGAGGAUUCCUUGAUGAAAGUAAAAGCGCUGCAUGUGCUUCCUCAGCUGUGUUGAAAGCGAGCAGUGUCCGUCCGCCAGUGUCUCCCGGUUCCCUUGGUCAGUUAACCCUUCACCAGUCCCCCGGCAGUCUUUCCAAGGGAGACACCCACCCGCAGAGGGGCACUGCGGGCCAGGUCAUCACCCCCGACGCGAAGCCAGCGCGGGAGCCGGCUGAGGGGGUAUUUGAUGAGAAGAGGGGCCUGCCUCCUACGCCAUCUGUAACAAAGGAGGAGCGCCCCGGGGGCCCUUCAUGUCCCCAGAGCCCCUCAGCCACGAGAAGAUGGGUGUCGGCGAGCUCCAGCCCACCCCCAGGGGAGAGACUGAGCAGGAGGCGGCCCCCCGCGCCCCGGCUGCCGCCACAGAGCAGCCCGCAGCGCGCGAGCGGCUCUGCCGUGGGGACUCUGGGCCGCGGGGGGUCCCCGUACGACGAUUACUUUUCUCCCGAUAAUCUCAAGGAGAGGGACUCGGAGAGCCUCCUCCCCGGGGUCCAGCCGCCCGCCAGCCCUGCCCUGCUCCACUGCAUGAGGAGCCUUUCCAGGAGAGAGAGGACCUGCCUCCUGGAAAGGGCUGACUUUUCCUGCAUCGGCAGAAGCCCCAGGUCAGCCGAUGGUACCGACUCAACGGUGAAGGCCGUCUUCCGUCUCCAGAAGCCUGCAAACUACGCAGCUGAUCCGGGCUUGAGCAGCGUGACUUCUAAGGAAACGCCUGCUGCCGAAGGGACCCCAGGGGACUGUCCCCGGGCCGAGGCUCAGAGACGGGGAGGCGCCCGCCCGGGCGGGAGUGGCUCUCCCCAUACCCUCGACGGACUCACUCCUCAGAAGGGACGUCCAGGUGAUUUUACUCCUUUGAAAGGAAGCAGUGAAGAAGUGAAAGGAUGGAUUGACGUAGGAAGCACACAGAAAGAAGAUACUCCUUCUAAAAUGGUGAAUUCCCCUGAAGGUGAAGCACAAAGUGAUGAUAAGCUAAACUUUGUAGGCGACUGUGAUUUGGAAAAGUCUGCAGAGGCAAGGGAAGAGUUACCCCGAGGACGUAGUGAAAGUGUUAAAAGAGGACCAACAAGGCAUGAUGUUUUGGAUGGCUCAUGGGAAGGCUUCAAGGAUCUCAUCAGACCUCAUGAGGAAUCAAGGAAGAGAGAGAAAGGCCAGAAGCCAACAAGAACAUUAGUCAUGACAAGCAUGCCAUCUGAAAAACAGAACGUGGUAUUCCAGGUUGCGGAUAAACUGAAGGGCUUCUCCUCGGCCGGGGAGGUGCGUGGCCGCCCCACGCACGCGCUCGCCGGGAAGCCCCGCCGCGCCCCGACCGUGCUGCGGGGCAUCGCAGGCGGCUGCUGGAUUCCCUCCUUCGAGCGGGUACUGUGGUCUUUGGAAAUGGGUCAUUGGAUUUCCGAGGAACCAUUCAAACAGUCAAACUACUUCCCUGCAGCUCCUACUCAAUCGCUCAGCACAAGGUCUGUGCCUCAGAGAACCGCCCGCUGCUGCCGUGAAGGAGACACCGCUCAACCGUGGCUUCUGCUAACAGCCCGCCCCGUCGUCGUCCUCGGACGCUCAAGUGAGGGGAGGGGCGGACGCAGGAAGGAUGCCUUUCUAUACCGUCACGUUUGCCGCCUGUGUGUGUUGUGGUUUUCACGUGAAGAAAGCUCCUUCGUGUGGCUUUCUGAUGCCUGAGUGUGUGUCUCAGAGAAGCACUGACCCGCCCUGCUCGGCCUUUUCUAUUAAAGCCAGUCUGUGUGUCCUAGUGAUGAUCAUAAUUGAGAGGUCCCAGAACCUUUGUCACUGAAGUGCCAUACUGUGAAAUAAAGGAUGGAAAUUACAUUGUUUUAUUACCGAGAACAAAGAGCCCCCUGAGUGUCUACGUUUCUUUA